AACUUACUGAAAUCCUCACAAAAAUUCUAAAAAGAUCUUAAACUCAUCAAACAACUCUCCUAAUUUCCUUUGUAGAUCUCUAUUUUAAACUAUGGCUUCUAAACCUAAUUCCGAGACUACAUCUUUGUUAUUUACUGUUUCUGAAGAAAGGCGUGCAGUUCUUACUGGUAAUGUAGAAGUUGUUACUCCUAACACAACAGUUGUUAAAAAGAAAAAGUGGACUAAGGAGGAGAACGAAGCCCUUGAGGCCGGAGUAGAGAAACAUGGGUUUGGGAAAUGGAGUGAAAUAAAAAAGGAUCCGUCAUAUGCUGAUAUACUUUCCGAGAGAACUAAUGUGGAUUUCAAAGACAAAUUUAGAAACGUACAUGAUUCAGAGAAGCUUGCUCUCCAAAGAGCUUCCAGGAAAGAAGUAAAGAAGCAGAAGGAAAUAGAACGUCGUCUAGCCUUUGCUACUGCUGUAGCAGAGGCGGCUGUGUCAAUUGAAGAUUCUGAUCCAAAUCUGUUUGAAAUUGAAAAGGUAAAUGAGAGUUUGAUGGACAGAAGAAUAACUGUUAGAGGGGUAGUUGCUUCCACAACUCAUGUCAUCAAAGAGAUUGGAUCUGUAGUUUUGAAAGAGGGCGAGUUCACUAUUAAGUGUGUUCUUAACACGGCGGACAAUCUCAUUCGUCCACAAGAUGCCAAGGAUGUGACAAAUUUUGCAGAACAUUCAUAUCUGGCUUUCCAAGGGGUUGUUUCGCUUCCUAGCACUAGAAUUAAGGGAUCGAUGAAGAACAUAUCCCAGAAGGUUGUGCUUCAAGUCAGCCAAAUCUAUGGCAUUGGUAAAACUCUUCCCCCGGCUCCAGUAGAAACCGAUACCUCUGCACGGAGUGAAGCUGUUAUUGAGAAAGAUAUGGAGGUUGGAGAACCGUCUAGGGUUUCAGAUGUCCCCGCCCCUGCUAACCAAAAGCGUGUACAAGCCUUUGUUUCUGCUCUAGCAGAGGCAGCUGUGUCAAUCGAAGAUUCUGAUCCAAAUCUGUUUCCAGUGGAAAAGGUUGAUGAAAGUAUGUUCGGUAGAAAAAUAUCUGUUCGAGGGGAAGUUGCCUCCACAAUUCAUGUCCAUAGAAGGAUUGGAUCGGUCGUUUUGAAAGAGGGCGAGUUCAGUAUCAGGUGUGUUCUUAACACUGCUGACGAUUUCAUUGGUCUACAAGAUGCCAAGGAUGUAACCAAUUUGGCAGAACAUUCGUAUCUGGCUUUGGAAGGGGUUGUAUCACUUCCUGACACUAGAGUUCAGGGAUCCAUGAAGGACUUAUCCCAGCAGGUUGUAAUUCUAGUUGGCAAAAUCUAUGGCAUUGGGAAAACUCUUCCCCCGGCUCCAGUAGAAACUGAUACCGCAGCACGGAGUGAAGCUUUUGUUGAAAAACCUAUGGAGGUUGGAGUACCGUCUAGGGUUUCAUAUGUGCUCGAACUUGUUAACCAAGGGAUUCUACGCAUUCAGUCUUGCGCUGAACUUGUAUUGAGGGAGUUUUUCUCAUCUAGAAAAUUUAUUGGAAUGCGUACUCAAAAACUGAUUGCAGGCUCGAGCAGUGGUGCACCUUUCUGUAAACUUAACUGGGAAGGCUACCCAACUUGCCUAGCUCAUUCACCUCAAUUUGCAAGGCAGAUGGCAAUCCGUGGUGGUUCUGAGCGUGUUUUUGAGAUAGGACCUGUUUUCAAGGAGGACUCUAUAAGCAAACAGUUGUGUGAAUAUACUGGUGUUGAUGUUGAAAUGUGAAUUGAUAGACACUAUUUUGAGGUAGUGGAAUUCGUAGAGAGUCUGUUUGUUGACAUGUUUAACAAAUUGCAUGAGAAGUGCAAGGAAGACUUCCAAGCCAUUCAGAACCAGCAUCCCUAUGAAAAGUUAAAGUACUUCCAGUUUAAUGCGAAAGUUCGUUUCGAUGUUGGACUUCAACUGUUAGAGAAUGCUGGCACUAAAGUUAUUCAUCCGCUUCGUGGCUUAAACCCAGAAGAGGAGAGGAAGUUAGGGAAGAUUGUGCUCGAAGAAUAUGAAACUGAGUUCUAUAUACUUUACGACUGUCCAUCUGCUGGUAGUACAUUUUACACCAAGCAAUCUCCUGAUGUGCGCCAUAGCAGCAACUCAUUUGAUGUCUUUCUUCGAGGUAACU